GCCUGACCAAACAAUCAAGCAGCUCUUUCGGGAACAGUGCCAAGGCCCCCCAGGCCUCCUCGAGCAGAUUUGUGCCUUGAAUUCGGACAUGCGCAUCAAUGACCAUACAACCGUAGAGCAGAUUGCCCGGCAAGAGGGCAGUGUCAUCCCUUCUUUCCAUGCUGAGGACCGUGGAGAAGUUGACCAGAUUCUGCAUAUUGAGAUGCCAACCUUCGACACCAUUGUGCAGACCUCUAUAUUCUGGGACAUUCGGCAUGCCAUCCAAACACUGCAAGAUGGCGGAAGCAACACAGCAUCCAAGCUGUCAAUUGUGAUCUUGCCAGAGCAAUUUUCAUUGACAGUUUACAUCCCACGGGCUCACCACAAGUGUUUGAUCGAGAAGAUUGGCGAGCUCCCAGCCAUCAGAAGUCGUAACAAAACUUCGAUCAUCGUGCCAGGGGAGAACUCCACUACACUCAUGGUCUCAGAAGCACACGACUGUGAUGAGAAUCAGAUGUGCGAUGUCAUCUUUCGAGUUCCUCAAGACCUCAUUAUCUGUGGAGCCACUCUGCAAUCCGACCGAAUUCCAGAUGCCAUUCAGCUCAGUCAACAUGAUGCUCAACUCCGGGUUGAUUUGAUCAAUGGGACUCACAGACCAGCCAAUGAUCUCCGACUUCGCUGUGGUGAUGUCAUUGACCUGUGUGUGAAAUCAACAAUCCAUGCAGGCUGGAUGACGUCUGACGAGCUUGAUAUUGCACUUGAGGCCCCCAGAGCACUCAAUCCAAUGACAUUAUUUUGUGCUCCUGCUUCCUGGAAUGUUGGCGCCUCGCACCUCCAUUUCUACAACGACAUCAUUCCGGACUAUAGAGCAUACAACCAAGUCAUUUGGAUUAUUGAGGUCGAUCAGCACUGGGUUCAAGCGGAAGCCUACCUUCAUGAAGAGGCCUCCAACUUUGCGUUCACCUUUCCUGCUGAAAGUCGGAUUUUGCUUCAGCCACUUGUCAACCACUUGGUCAACAUUACUGGAGCCCGAGACACGCAGGUUUCUGUGCACUUCUAUGAUCAAGUGGCUCCGCAACACAUGUGCGGCUAUCAUCUCGUUGCUGUCAUCUACCAGAGACUCACUGCCAAUUGUGCUCCGCUACAACCUGCCCAGAGGCGGGUACUCAGCUUUCAUCCGUUGGCAGCUGACUUCGACCGUGCACAGUAUGAAGCCAGAGAACUUUGGAUUGCCGCCCAGGCUCACCCGCAUCUGAUCGAGUUUGCCUCCCGGAUUCGAGCCUGGUACCUCGUCAGAGUUGCGGAGAACCGAUUCCCCAUCCAGUUCAUCGCUGCUGGUGCAGCUCCGGAUGACGAUGUCACCAUGAAGCCAGCUGAAGUCAAGCCUGCAUCCGGAGGGACCUCACGAGCUUCAGCUAGCCCAUCCACCGAGGCCAAGGAUCCAUGGCUCAAAGCUGACCC